AUGCAGGGUGGGAUUCCCGAACCCGUGGUGGUCACCAAGGAGGAGUACGACGCGCUCGUGGACAAAGGCGACUUCCUCGUGCACCACAGCGACUUGCACGUCCACCCCCUGGUCCAGCAGCACCACGGCGUGACAACCGCAGACGCGGCGGCGGUCCUGGACGGCGGCAAGCUGUGCCUCAUGACGGGGGAGGCCGAGGAGGCGGAGGAGAUGAAGGCCAAGGGGGUGGACUGCCUGGCGAUCUUCUUCAUGCCGCCCUCGCUGGAUGUUUUCGAGGAGCGUUUGGACAAGUGGCUAUCGUAUUCUGACGAAAGUGUGACGGCUACGAUACAACAAGCUGGGAAAGAUCUGGAACACGUUGAGGCUUCCAAAGUGUUCGACAAUGUGGUAGUGAAUGAUGACAUUCGCGACACAUUGGAUGAGUUGAAGGAUGUAAUAUCGAAGCACCGACCGGAUAUCCUACCUCCCCAAAGCGAGACGCCUGAUGAAGGCUAUAAGGCAUCCCUCUUCGUAUGCUGUCCAUCUCCCGCCACGGCGCAGCACCUCCACGACCGCAUCUCCGCCGCCUUCCCCGGCAAAUUCGCGAGGCCUUGGCUUCACACCACGCGCACGCCGGAAAAGGGCGAAAAGGGCGGCGCUCACUUCGUCAAGAGGGAGGCGCUGGAGCAGCUCCGGGACAACGGGAAGCUCCUGUAUGCGCUGCAGAACAGCGGAGGGUGGGACGAAGGCGUUGCUUGGGACAGCGUGGGGGAUGUCUGGAGCGAGGGGGCCACGCCGUUCGUCGUCUGUCCCCUGUCGGGGGUGCAGGCCGUGAGGGAGAGGCGCCUGGCUGGGGCGCUGUGCAUCUUCGUGGCACCUUCGGACCCGCAGGCCCUUGGUGAGGAACUGCUGGACGCCAUGGGCCUGUCCGAGGAAGAUAUCCAAGAGCGUGUGUCCCAGGCCCUGAGGGACACAGAGGAUGCCAAAAGGCCAAAGCUGUUCGACAGUCUCUUGGUCGCCGAUGAUCCCGACGUUCUCUUCGCGGAUGUGCGAGACGCCAUAGCCGCCAGGUUUCCCAACAUCGCCAGUCCCUCACACUUGCCGCUGAUCAUUGGCGGCCCGUUCGGCAUAGGGAAGAGGCAGCUGCUCCAAAGACUUUUCGACCAGUAUUGCCGAGAGUUCGUGACGCCUGUUGUCACGACCACGCGGGCGCAGCGCGAAAUCGGGGCCCAGGAAGAUGCCUUUGUCACGGAGGACAGAGAGGCCAUGGAGAGGAACGUGCAGAAUGGCAAAUACCUAUUCCACCAUGAGGGCUACGAUCCCGAAGAAGCGCUGCAGAUUUUCUACGACUCCGCCAAGCUGGAAGUGGAGGCGGCGGAAGGCUCCGACGUUUUUCAAUUCCACAUCCCCAACCGUCCCAACACGGAAGCCUCCUACUGCCGCCUGGCGGAGGCCAUCAGCUCCUUCUACCCCGGCGUCCUUCCCGCCAGCAACGUGUGGGGAUUCGGGCGGCCGCUGUGGGACAAGAGUUGCCGGGUGCAUGGCCACCGGCCGCUGCGCAUCAUUGUGGUGGGACCCGCCACCGUGGGCAAGACCACGCUGUGCCAGAGGCUGCGGGACCAUUUCGGCGUGCCGCACAUCAGCGCCGGAGAGCUCUUGUACAAGGAGGUUCAGGAGAGGACGCCUAUCGGGCUGGAGGCCAAGAAGUACAUGGACGCGUCGGAGACCGUGCCGGACCACAUAUUCUUGGAGGUGGUGACGUGCAGGUUGCGGAAGCCUGACUGCGACAACAAAGGGUGGCUCCUGGAUGGCUUCCCCCACACCCAGUCCCAGGCCAUGGGACUCAAGCAGCAGGGGUUCCUGCCAGACAAAGUGAUCUUCCUUGAGAGCGAGCACGCUUUGCUGUUGAACAGAGCGAAGCACAGAAGGGUGGACGCGGCGACGGGUCAGGUGUAUCAGGUGCGCGCGUGGGUGCCUAAGCAGCGAGUCUGCAAACCAAAUUAUGUCUACAAACCAUUAAUUGCAUUGCGCAUCUCUGAGGACCUGCCCUUCAACAUUUCUUCGGGUCUUUCCCGCUUUGCAGCAUUACGUAACCCCAAACAGAAGGCAUUUUGA